AUGUUUUUUCCAAAGUAUAAUUUUGUUGACAGACACCUUUCAAAAAAAAGUAGUAGAUGGUUGACUAGAGUUCCAGAUGAUUUUUUCAUUGAUAAAUUUAAUUUAGUUGGUAUUUAUGAUAUUCUAGGAAUAAAAUCACUAGAGAGAGCAGUUUCAUUAAUAAUGAAUAAUACUAAUGAUAUUGAGGAGAUAGACUUUACUUCAAUAGAAAAAAAUGCUGUUUUCUUGUAUGGUUUAGUUCAUGCUCGAUAUAUCAUAACACCAGAAGGUUUAAAUGACAUGAAAGAAAAAUUUAUGAAUAAUGAUUUUGGUAACUGUUUAAAAGUAUCAUGUUUGGGUCAAUCAUUGUUACCAAUAGGUUUACAUGACACACCAUCACAUGAGGAAGUUAAAAUGUUUUGCCCAAAAUGUCAAGAUAUUUAUCAUCCAGAGGUAGAGAGUGAAGAUGAAAUUGAAACACCAUCUGAAGAUGGUUCAGAAGAUUCAUUUUAUUUGAUGGAGGAUAAUUUUUGUGAUGGAGCAUUUUUUGGGACAGGUUUUCCGGAAUUCUUUUUUUUUCAUUUUCCUUUUUUAAGACCAAAAAAUGAUAAAAGUAUAUAA